UGUCUCCGUAUCCUUACCACCGAAUUGCGCUCGCGACCUCGAUGCUGGAUCAUCCUCCUCCUCGUCCUCGCCCUCGCCCUCGCCGCCGUCGUCGCCCAGCAUGACGGGACCACCGCAGCCGAUUGGCUCCAAUCUCCCCCUCGCAUCAUCGCUGCCAAAGGUCUCGUUUCGUCGCAUUCCAGCUCAAGAGGCCCAGACGCUGAGCCUACCUGCUGGAGUGAGCGACUCGAUCAAUGUGGGAUAUGGCUUCAAUGAUGGCGAGUCAUUCGACAAGCCAGAGCACUACAUACGCUUCGUCGAGCCCAUCGAGGCCGACUUGAAGCGACAAGUCGAGUAUGACAUGGACGAGCAGGACAAGGAGUGGAUCGAUGCCCUCAACGCCGAGAGGAAGAAGGAAGGGUCAGAUGCCGUGUCGUAUGAGACGUUUGAGAUUGUCAUCGACAGACUCGAAAAGGAGUGGUUUGAUUUGAUGAAACGCGUCCCGCCCAAGCCCACGCCCGCUGCCAUUGGACCCGAUGGCGAAGUCGUCAAUCAGAGCGAGGACACCGAGUGCGCUAUUUGCGACGACGGAGAGUGCGAGAACUCAAAUGCAAUCGUCUUUUGCGACGGCUGCAAUCUCGCAGUCCACCAAGAUUGCUACGGCAUUCCCUACAUCCCAGAGGGCCAAUGGCUCUGCCGCAAGUGCACCGUAUCGCCGGAUCGAGCGGUAUCAUGCGUCCUGUGCCCCAACGAGGGAGGAGCAUUCAAACAGACGACGCAGGGCAAGUGGGCUCACCUCUUGUGCGCAAUGUGGAUCCCAGAGACGGGCGUGAGCAAUCCAGUCUACAUGGAGCCCAUCGACAGCGUCGAGCGCAUUCCCAAGGCGAGGUGGAAAUUACAAUGCUACCUCUGUCGGCAUAGGCACGGGGCAUGCAUACAGUGCGACAGCAAGUCGUGUUUCGUUGCCUUCCACGUCACUUGCGCGCGCAAGGCUGGGCUACUCAUCAAUGCACCUCGCCAGCGUCACGAGCACCAUCACCAUGGCGACGAUGACGACGAGGGCGAGACGCUCAAGGCAAUGUGCCACAAGCAUCAGCCCAAGCACCUCCGUCGCCUGGCUAACGCCAGCGCGCCGCAAGACGACGAUGCUGCGAGUGGCAGCGCAGGGACUGGGGCUAGCACGCCAGUCCUCCCCACGAUCAAGCCGGCCUCUCGUAAGAUUACCAUUCGACGCGGCGCCAACGGCUCCAUCUCUGCAGUCGUAGCCAACCCUCCAGCUCACACGGCCACCAAGUCUGCGCGCGCCUACAAGAAGUCCUAUCGCGCUGGCCCGCCCCUCGUCCCCGCAUACAUCCUCUCGCGCGUCUUCGACUACAUGAGCAAGGUACACCUCCGCCGAAAGCAGCCCCUGAUCGUGCAGAUCGCCAAGUUCUGGUCACUGAAACGCGAAGCAAGGCGUGGGGCUCCUUUACUCAAGCGCCUACACCUCGAGCCCUGGACGGCGAUGUCUGCGCCUAAGGAGCUGAGCGAAGCCGAACGAACAAAGAAACUGCGCUUCGUCAUGGCCGUACGUGCCGACUUGGAGAAACAGCGUAUGCUGGUCGAGCUGGUACGCAAGCGAGAGCGUGAGAAGCUCAAGCAGGCCGACAUCAUCAGAAGUGCACUGGACGCCGCCCUGUUCCCCGCUCACGCACCGCUCAAGGACGCUCUAGCCAAGAUCACUGCCCUGGAUCGCUCGGGCCUCUUCAUGAGCCCCGUCUCCCGCAGCGAGGUGCCCGACUACUACGAUGUGGUCAAGGAGCCGAUGGAGUGGGCCACUAUUGCGGCUCGCGUGGACGACCAUUACUACCAGCGGGUGGCAGAGUUUAGGCGCGAUGUCAUGCUGGUGCCGAACAAUGCAAUACUGUACAACAAGCCGGAGACGAGCUUUCAUCGCGCGGCGGUGCGCAUCAAGAAGGCGGUGGAGCCUAUGCUUGAGGCGCUGGAGGGGUUGGGGAGGUGGCAUAGCGAGGAGGCGAGAGAGAGGGGGGUGGAGGUGGGGAAGCUGCUGGAGGAGUUGGAGUUGGAGCCGCCACUGCGAUUACUCGACGCGUUCGGAGAGCGUGGGGAUGAGGGCAAGGCGGGCGAGGCGGGCGAGGCAGGCGAGGAAGACACGCAGGCGGAGCCUGCCAAGCUCAACAUCGUCGACGAUCUGCUCAGACAAUUCUACCGUCCGCCUUCACCGCCGCCGCCACCGCCGCCUCCGCCGGCCGCCGAUCCCUCACCUGCCCCAUCCGCGGCUCCACCAGCGGCCGCCGCAUCGUCAUCACCGAAGCGCAAGGGCAAAGAAGGAGCCACCGCACCCAAGCGUCGUCGCAUCGAGGCGCCCGCCCCCCCUCGGACGCCACGUCCAGCACCAGCAGCGGCAGCACCGCGUCGCGGGCGAGCAUCGGCUCUCGCCGCGGCAGCACCAGCAGCUGUCUCACCGGCAGUCGCAUCGGCGAGCGCAGUCUCUUCUCCCCUCACAUCGUCCCCUUCGUCGCCCGCCAACCCAGCCCUACGCGUCUCGGACGUCUCGGAUCACGACUCUUUCAAGCGUUUCGAGGACGGCUGGAUCCUGCCCAAGGGAACGCGCCGCGCUACCACGGCGGGGAAGAGCAGCAGCGAGGACGAAGGGCGGAGCGGCGGCAAAGCGACAGAUAUCAAGGCUGGCGAAGCCACUCCCCGUCCACGAGCGGUGCGACGCUCCGCAGCAGGCAAGGCUUCUCCUGCUGCGCCAACGCUUGAUCCACUUGCUCCCCCGGCCUCAGCGCGCUCGCAACGCACCCGUCGUCCGAGCAACCAAGCUGCCCCAGGCCCCUCCACGGCACCAGCUGGCUCCCCUCUCCCAACUCCUGACCUCAACUCCAUCCCCAAGCCUUCCGUCAUUUCCCCUGCCGGCACGCUAGUAUGGGCCAAAUACGGGUCCCACCCCUUCUACCCGGCCGAGGUAUUCUCAGAGAAAUCCGCCCUCGUCCCACCGACGGUUCUUUCCGCUCGACCUGCCCCCUCUACCAUUCCGACUGGGCAACGAGUUCACCUGGUGCGCUUCUUCGACCGGGCGCGCAGUUGGGGUUGGGCGUCGACGGGGCUUUGUAGGCUUUUGUUGGAGGACGAGGAGCUUGAUAGCGGGAUGGUGAGCGCGGUCAAGGCGCGACAGAGGGAGGCGAUUAGGAAGGCUAUGUGGAGGGCGGGGAGGGCGAGGGAUGGGUUGCUUGAGGAGGGAGAGUAGGCGUGGGAGCGCAGCGAGGGCGGCUGACGCGGUGGCGGCGGCGGUGAGAGAAAGGGGGGCGGCACUGUCUCUUCGCCGCUAGCUAUGAGUUCAUCUAUUUACCAAUUUGUGACCCGCGACUCGAUG